AUGGCUGUCGAAGGGGUUAUGGUAUCCUACAAUUACUGUGAAGACGAGGAGCAUGCUAAUAUUUUGACUGUAGCAGCAUCGGGCAUCAAGUUCUCCAAUAGAUGGGUCCUUACCCAUGGUUCUAUACUCUCACCAUUGAAGGAAGCUCAAAUUGUAAUGAACGUCAAAGGGAAACCGAUAUUGAACGAAGAGUUCUACGAUAAACUACCAGAGAUAUAUGUAACGUGCGAGAAAAAGCCAUCGAAAACUCCUAAUAUUUACGAGAGCGUUGAGGUGUUGAGUCGAGAGAGGAAUUUGGACAACGAUGUGGAUUUUGAGCAUAGCUGCUAUCAAAUCAGAGUUCUGACUGGCAGGAUCUGCCACGUAUGGCAGUGCCCGAUCCUGGACCGGUGCGUGGAUGACAUCCUGUACAGCUGGACUAUUGGUCACCGUGACGGCGACAUCGAGAAGCAGACUCAGCUGGGGAAAGCACUGCUCUCCGUCUUCGUAUUGGUAGACUUGGAAAGCGAUAAUAGAGUGCUGAAGACAUUGAGGCCAUUGUCGGAAUUGCUGGACUUGGUGCGACCGCCUCCUGAUCGUGGGUCCAUUAUUGAAGUGCAAUCCACACCUUUCGGAUGUGAGGUAUUUCUUAAUGCGGUGACAAGAGGGUCGGUCUGCGGGGUAGUCGGCAAGCGACCAUCGCUCCUACUUACUGAUGCAGCGACUGCUCUGGGCUCGGAAGGUGGCCCAGUCUUCAAUGAAGGUCCCACGCGGGAGCUGGUGGGCGCGGUGGUUUGCAGCGUGUCUUGGUGGCGCGGCGAGUGGGUGGGGCUGACGCUCGCCGCGCCGCUGCGCGCCGUGCUCGCCGCCAAGCUGCACGUCGCGCCGCCGCGCCCGUUCGCCCGCACCGCCGCGCACUCGCGCUACAUGCACACGCUAGAUUGCAUCGACAAUACAACGGUGCUAGUUCGUUGCGGUGCCGCGUGGGGCGCUGGUGUUUACCUCGGAGGCGGAUACGUCGUCACCUGCGCACACGUCGUCAAAAAUCACGAAAUAUAUAAGGUGUCUGUUUACUGCCAAGGCGUGAGCGAGACGGCUAUAGUCCGAUACAAAACAAAGGACGACAAGGCGUACGACCUCGCUUUGUUGUACAGUAAUCCUGAAUAUUGGACGCAUUUGUCGCCUGCAGUAUUCGCUCAGGAGCCAGCUGAAAAAGGCGAGUCCGUGGCGGCGGCGGGCUACCCGUACUUCAGCGAGGAGCGGCUGGCGGCACUGCGGCCCGCCGUCACCAGCGGACACGUCACCAACGCCUCGCCCUCCAUGCUGCAGACCUCCUGCUGCGUGCAGUCCGGCUUCAGUGGUGGACCAAUCUUCCGUCUCAGUCGCGGACGCGUGGAAGUGAUAGGUAUUAUAGUGUGCAACGCCAAGACCCAGACGGGCGCGUGUUACCCGUACAUCAACAUGGCGGUCCCAGCGAGGGCGUUUAUAAGGCUGAUGCAAUACUUCAUACUGGAUAAAGACGACACAAAGCUGCGGGAGAUAGAGAGCAACAAGGAUAUAAUUCAAUCCCAAUGGAGACUUCUGCCUUAUCGCUCCAAAAUAUGA